CCAUCUGGCUCCUCAUGGAGGGGUCACAUUAAGAUCCUGCUGAAGAUGAGUGAGUUGCUGAGGGCUGAAGCUGAUGUCUGGCAAGAGCACACCCAGCCCUCAGCCAACGUGGGCCUGCCUGGCCACCUGCUCCAGUGCCACCUGCCCCAGUGCCACCGCACAUACCCUGCCUACACCACAUACACGGCCCCGGUGGUGAAGAUGCUCAUGGAGCAGGAUGGGAGGAGAAGGCACACAGCCACCCGUCCCGUGGCCACUGAGCAGAGCACAGCAUCACCAGGAGCUGCCACUGCAGGGACGCCCUCAUUGACAUCCACAGCGAGUGGAGGAAGCAGCUGUGAAGGUGCGGAGGGCUCUGUGGGGAAGGCAGUGCCCAAGAGCAGCUUGCCACCACCAAGUAUUUGCAGCAGGGUUAUCUUUGCCAGAAAGGCUCCGCUGCGUGUGGCACCAUGCAGCAAGAAGAAAUGAGACCUGUGUAGCUGGGAACAAACAGAACAAGGAGAAUCUCCACUGGUUUCCCGAGUGCAUUAAACUACAAAUGAAAACAGCA